AUGGCGAUUUUUCCGAGAUCAGCUCCGACCCUCUUCCUGUUACUAACAACAACACUUCUCUCACUAUCCACAACCCUUUUUUUCACCGGCGCCGCCAACGCCAACGCCGAUGCAGAUCUAGUCUCCGAACUUCAAUCCAUCCAAUCCCGCUCCUCCUCCGGCGUUGUCCACCUCUCUGACAACCUUCUCCGCCGUAUCAUUACCACGAAACCACGAUCUUUCUCCUUAAUCAUCUUCUUCGACGCCAUCCAACUCCAUGAUAAAUCCGAACUCCACCUCAAAUCACUCAAAUCCGAAUUCUUCCUCCUCUCUAAAUCCUUCGGCAUCAACAAUGAGAAUUCCCCAUCAGUACUUUCCAAGCUCUUCUUCUGCGACAUCGAAUUCGGCGAAUCGCAAUCAUCUUUCGCCCAAUUCGGUGUUAACGCCUUGCCACACAUCCGCCUCCUUCCACCAGAUGCGACCACCUUAAAAACCGACUCGAUCUCCAUGGACGCCGGUGAUUUCUCCCGUUUAGCCGAAUCCAUGGCGGAAUUUAUCGAAUCGAGAACUAAACUCAAAAUGGGUCAAAUCCACCGUCCCCCAAUUCUCUCUAAAACUCAAAUAGGGUUCUUAAUCGCUGCAUUCCUGAUAUCCUUGCCAUUCCUGUUCAAAAGACUAUUAGCCGGUGAAACACUUCUACACGAUAAGAGGGUUUGGCUAUCCGGUUCUGUGUUCAUUUACUUCUUUAGCGUUUCGGGAACUAUGCACAACAUAAUUCGCAAAAUGCCGAUGUUCAUAUCCGAUAGAAAUGAUCCAAGCAAGCUCGUCUUCUUCUACCAGGGAUCUGGAAUGCAGUUGGGUGCUGAGGGUUUUGCUAUCGGGUUUCUUUACACCAUUGUUGGCUUGUUGUUGGCUUUUAUGACUCAUGUUUUGGUUAGGGUGCAGAGUAGGAUUGCACAGAGGACGAUAAUGAUCAUUGCCAUGAUUAUUUCAGUAUGGGCUGUGAGGAAAGUUGUGUAUUUGGAUAAUUGGAAGACUGGUUAUGCUGUUCAUGCUUAUUUGCCUUCCAGUUGGUGA